CUGAUUUAACUGGUUGCCUGUUUAAGUCACACUAUUUUUAGCACGAACUGACCUCAAGAAACCAGAUUGCAACUUUGACUAUGGCAUCGAGAAGGCUAAUUUUUCUAUCCACAAAACUUUCCAGAAAUAUUCAUAGAAUAAGCAGACGUGACAGAGUGGUAACUUGUUCCUUAUGUUCAGCUAGUCAUGCCUAUAGUACAAAUCCCUUACCAGAACCAGCUAUAGAUGGACAUGACAAGGUUUUCCCCCCUAAACUGCAUACCAUAGUAGAUGAUAUUGGAAAACUCACCCUUACAGAAGUAGCUGAUUUGAAUGAAUUGCUUAAGAAAACUUUAAGGAUACAAGAUGCACCUGUUAUGGCCAUGGGUAUGCCAGGAAUGGCUGCACCUAAGGAAGAUGAGGAGGAAGAGGCUCCCAAAAUUGUGAAAACUCUCUUCUCGCUCAAACUUUUAGAAUUUGCAGCGGACAAGAAGAUAACCCUGAUCAAAGAAAUAAAGAGCCUUGUGCCGGAUAUGAAUUUAGUUCAGGCUAAGAAGUUUGUAGAAUCUGCCCCACAAGUCAUAAAGGCAGACAUAUCUAAAGAAGAAGCUGAAACUUUAAAGAAAGCUAUAGAGGCAGCUGGUGGAAAAUGUGAUAUUGAUUAAAAGACAAUAUAUAUUCUGUUUAUGAAACUUAAAAAUAAAUAUUUACUUC